CUUUGGCAGUUCGAAAUUUCCCCUUCCCCAUUCUAAAAAUCCUUCCCCAGCAAGUAAAUCCACACAGUCACACAUAUAUAAAGCGAAAAUGAAUUUCAUUUUCUCCCAAAAAUAUAAAAAACGAAAGCCAACCUGAAAAUUUUGUCCACUUAUAAGAAAAACGUAGAAAAUAAAAAAUCACUCACCAACAACAAUUGCACUGAAUUUAAUUAAAUCUCUGCACAGGCAUUCAACAAUAACUGCGAUUUCAGGCAGCUGCUCGCCGGAGACCUCCGCCAUGCACGACGGACUUCGCCAAUGCACCGACCACGACGGCGACGGUACGCCCUACCUCGAUCUGAAGAGCCUGAAGGUGAUCUCCGCUCUCGGCCGCGGCGCAAAGGGCGUUGUCUUCCUCGUCCGGACCGACGGCGGAGAGCUGCUCGCGCUCAAGGCGAUUUUGAGAUCCUCGAUCGAGAAGAAGAAGAGGAUAGCGAGCGACGGCGGCGAGUACCGGAGGAUCUGCUUCGAGAGGGAGGUUCUGUCCUCAUUCCGCCAUCCCUUGCUGCCGAGGCUCCACGGAGUUCUGAUGACUGAUGAGGUGGUUGGGUACGCUAUUGAUUACUGCUCCGGCCGCGAUCUGAAUUUUCUGAGGAAGAAGCAGACGGAGAAGAUGUUCUCCGACGAUAUCAUCAGAUUCUACGCGGCGGAGUUGGUGCUCGCGUUGGAGUAUCUCCACAAUUCCGGCAUCGUUUACCGUGAUUUGAAGCCGGAAAACGUGAUGGUUCAGGAAAACGGCCACCUUAUGCUAGUGGAUUACGAUCUGUCGACGAAGCUCCCCCCAAAAUCGCCGGAAACUCGUCCGGCGCCCUCCACUCCAGCUACUUCGAUAACCUCGCCAAAGAAGAAAAAAAAGAGGAGAUUCGGUUUUCUGUUCAAGCGGCGCGACUCGGAGAUCUCGCCGGUUGACUCGGUCCGGCGAUCGGAACUCGGACCCGACUCGCCGAGCUCCGACUCUGACUCGGUCCAGAAAUCGAACUCGUUCGUCGGCACGGAGGAGUAUGUGGCGCCGGAGAUCGUCCUCGGUGACGGCCACGACUUCGCCGUCGACUGGUGGUGCCUGGGCGUCAUGCUCUACGAGAUGCUCUACGGAACGACGCCGUUUCGCGGCGCUAACCGGAAGGAGACCUUCUACCGGAUCAUCACCAAGGCGCCGGAUCUGACGGGGGAGGCGACGCCGUUGAGAGACCUGAUCGGAAAAUUGCUCGAGAAGGACCCGGCGAGGAGGAUCUCCGACGCGGAGGAGAUCAAGGGCCAUGAAUUCUUCAGGGGCGUGGAUUGGGCCGGAAUUACGGAAAUGCCCCGGCCGCCGUUUAUUCCUGAAGUAACGGAUGUUGAGGGAAUAGAUGGAAAUAAGAAAAUUGACGUGGAGAGUUACGUCAAGGAGGUGUUCAAAGCUGACGAUGACGGUAAAAUUGAGAAAAAUUGUGAAGAAACUAGGAAUAAGGACGCGUGGGCCAGCAACCACCCGACUAAAAUUCAAAAUGACAAUUUUUUUAUUUUUUAACUCUGAAAUUCUGAUGCAUACAUGUACAGGUGUAAGUAUUCACAAAUUUUUAUCGAAUAAAUAAUUUGGGUUAAGUGGAAAUUUUUGUCCACGUGGACAUGUAUGUAUGUGUGUAGGAAUUUUGGUUACAGUGUAUGAGAUGACAAUACAUAUUUGAUCCUAUGGCAAGGCACUGUUAAUAAAAGUAUUAGAUUAAUUCAUUAA